GUCGAAACUGCUUAAUCAUGCUGACGAAGGGCGGGCUAUGCUCAGACCAUGACGUGUCCACGGACAAGAGCCUACGAAUCACAUAUAAAGAUGUAUAUCCAUGAGCUUAGCGGUCUUCUCAACAUCCUGGCUAAUUCGACCCACUAACUCAUUCUCCGUCAUCGCCAUGCCUUCAUUCACAGUCUUCAAAGGCAACAAGCAAGGCAAGCCUCAAAAGGCUACUACCGAGCGACCUGAUAAGCUCGAAGGGGAUCAAGUCAUCGUCAGAGUCACAGCUUCUGGCUUGUGCGGGACAGAUAUCCAUUACAAGACCCAAGACAUGGCUUUGGGUCACGAAGGGGCCGGAGUUGUGGAAGCGGUUGGACCCAAGGUAUCGGAGCUCAAAGUCGGCGACCGGGUCGGAUGGGGUUAUCAACAUGGCUCCUGUGGACAAUGCGAGCAAUGUCUAACUGGCUGGGAGACCUUUUGUGCCAAGCGACAGAUGUACGGCUACGCCAAUCUCGAUCAAGGCAGCUUUGCGACCAAGGGAGUCUGGAACGAAAGUUUUCUUUUCAAGAUACCUGACGGCAUCAGCGAUACCGACGCAGCUCCAUUACAAUGCGGAGGUGCGACCGUCUUCAAUGCUCUUCAAGGUGUGGUCCCCGGAGAGGUGGUUGGGAUUAUGGGUGUAGGCGGCCUCGGUCACCUGGCCAUCCAAUUCGCGUCGAAGAUGGGCUGCAGGGUGGUCGUCUUGUCCAGCUCCGAUCGUAAAAAGGAAGAAGCCACCAAGCUCGGAGCCCACGAGUUUGUCGCGACCAAAGAUGUGGACGAGCUCAAAGUUUCUUACCCUAUCAAUCGACUCUUGGUCACUGCGUCUGCUCAGCCAAACUGGGCUCAGAUCAUACCCAUUCUAGCGCCUCGGGCGAAGAUCUUCCCUCUUUCAGUCGACUCUGGAGACUUCAAGAUCCCUUACAUGCCUUUGAUUCUAUCCGGCUUCACAGUGCAAGGAUCUCUCGUCGCUGCUCGAGCGGUCCAUAGGAGAAUGCUAGAUUUCGCAGCCCUGCAUCACAUCUCGCCAGUGACUGAAAUCUUUCAAAUGACAGAGGAAGGUGUCAACGAGGCUAUUGACCGUCUGGAGAAGGGUGACAUUACAUAUCGUGCCGUGUUAGUCAACAACUAGAUCUUUAUAG